AUGGCGACCCACUUCAUUGGAGGCAAGGGCCAACUUCGCAAAUGUAACCCCAGAGGAGGUGCCAUACCCAAAUUCAGCGGGUCAAGAAAGAAGGGCGACGUCAGUCGCAUGCCAGUAGGCAAUGUCAACUGUACUCUAAAAGGCGGUGCCAUUAAGGGUUAUGAGGGCGAUGUCGGAGACUCGGACGCGGUUGAUGCCAGCAGUGUGGUGGAGGUCAACAAUAGUGGCUGUUCAGACGCGUUGGGCAACGCUGUCGAAGAGUUGGGCAAUGCUGUGAAAGGCACGAGAUCGCUUGGUGGCGCCGAUAGAGAUGCUGGAAGCUGCGAGGCUUUCCAACGAGGAAAGGGAGGAUGCAAACUGGGUAUCGGUUGUGGCAGGCCUCACCCUAGAAUGCUGGGUAAUGAUGCUUUGGAGAUUAGCAACGUGGUCAGGGGGGCCAGGCGGUAA